AUGCUGAGGGGGGACCCGGGUUCGGGGGUACGGCUGGACGUUCGGAGGGGGGGCAAGGCCUUCGCCUUCCUUCUCACGCGGGCACAGUUUAAGUACCAAGGAGUGAGGUCGGAGGUGCGAAGUAGCGGGGGCCAGAAGGUGGGCAUCGUCUCGAUCAAGGUCUUCUCCAAGGAUACGUUCGAGGACGUCAGAGCGGCCGUGGCUUGGACGAUCGAUGAAGGAGCGCAGUCUAUUAUAUUGGAUCUGCGGCACAACCCGGGAGGCUUUUUCCCGGGGGGGAUAGACGUUGCCAGGCUCUUCCUGUCGUCGGAUGAGACUAUCGUCUCCGUGGUAGACCGCAACGGCAUCUCCGACACGUACGGCGCCAUCGCCACGGGACAGUUCUCGGAGGUUCCUCUGGUUCUGGUUGUUGACGAGAAGACGGCUAGCGCGUCCGAGAUUUUGUCGGCGGCUCUCAAGGACAACGGCAGGGCAAAGCUCGCUGGCCACAAGACCUUCGGGAAAGCCAAGGUGCAGACUUUGAACCAGAUCUUCGACGGCAGCGGCGUGGCUGUCACCGUCAGUCUCUACAAGACCCCUUCGGGUAUUGAUAUCAACGGGAAGGGAAUUCCGGUGGACUACCCCAGCGAGUGUCCCUACCCCGGGGAUGCUUUGGCUUGCGUCCCCCCAAAUGCUUUGCGCUGAUAUGGGUUUCCGGCGAAGAUCGUCACAUGUCGACCAGGGAAUUUUCGCCAACCCAGAAAUUUCCUCUAAGCAAAAAAGGCCAAUCAGAAAACUGCGGGCAUCUUUUGUCUCGCUCUCUUCAACACGGAUGGCACAGUUUCGAGCAUUUUCGGAACGGUUUCACAAGAUCGAUUCAGUAGACUGUUUUGUUUUUGUUCGAAAGAAUAUUAUUGAGAUUGAUUUGUGUGUGUUAUGCCUGUAAAUGCCGCGUGGUUUCACACCUGGAGACUUGGGGCAUAUGCCUCCACCCCCCUGAUGGCAUCGUCUGCUCUGCGUGGUCACCACACGGCAAGCCCCGGUCCUCCUUUUGUAGUUAUCUUCGCUUUCAUGGGAAAUGUAUGCCGUUGGUAGAGGUAGUAACGCACCCAUUGUUUCCAUUACUCUUUCGAGAAUCUUGGGCUGAAGGCGGAAAACAAACAGCAUGUAGGUGUGGUUAUUACAAAGGUGUCGUGCAUUUUCCAGAUAAGCAGUGCGCCGCCAUCGUCCUAUUUGUGAAAAAAUGUAGGCUUGGGAAGGUUUCACCCCCGGGACUUCGAGUGGGCGAAAGUGUUGGUCCUGCUGGGAGAAGGCGUGAAUGAGCGAUUGUUCGUCUUCGGUGCUGUCGUCGUUGAAAUGUGACAUGGCACGGCGUAGAGCUAGCGUAAUAGAAUAUAGGGUUCCUGGGUAUUUACAUGCACAACAAUUGAGGAAGUGUGG